AUGAAUAUGCAAUGUAAUAAUAUUAGCUCUACUAACGAAACCUUAAGUGUAAAGGAUUUUUUACGCAAUAUAUCCCUGGACAGGGAAGAUAAAAUAUUACAAAAUCUAGAGCACAACAAUAUAAAAACAAUUUACGAUUUUUUAUACCAUGUUUCAUACCUAACGGUUACGAGCUGCACUGAUAUGAGCAAUGCUGAAAGUCUUAACAUAAAUAAUCAAUCGAAUGUAAAAUUGGGAAAUGCACAUAAAAAUAGUUUCCAAAAUGGUCAUGCCGUAAAUAGUAAAUUGUUCAAGAAUAAUGGGGAUGAAUGCAACGGAGAACAUGUAGAUUUGCACAAUAUGCAUAAUAUUGAGACGAAUGGAAAUGUCGAAAAGUGGAAUGGCUUGCAAAAGAAUGGAACGCAUAAUGUGGUAAUGCAAAACGAAUGUAUGCAUAGCAAUGGCAUACAGAGCGAAUCCCAGCUUGCAAAAACCCAUACGUGCAAAGAAAUAAAAGAGAUGCAUGACUAUUACGAAGAGGAAAUAGAAAAACAAAGAAAUAAUAAGAAAAAAUUUGAGUAUUAUUAUUUUGACAUGUACAUCAAAUCAGAAGUUAUUAAAACACUCCCCACGACAGAUAGAGACAAGGAAAGGUUAAUUAAUUAUAUUUACAAAAUGAUGGAAUUAAAUGACAUAAUAAUGAUAUGUAUUUAUUUUGGUAUGUUACAUUUAUGGCCCAAAUUUGAACAGUGUAAUAUUCGAAACUUGGAUUUAUUUAAGAGAAUAAUCUUAGAAGGAAAAAAAUUUGAGCGAUUAAAAAACGAAAUUGGAAUAUCCUUUUCCGAAUUCAUUCUACUUCUUAGAUUCACUUUAAGAAUAAAAAAAAAGAGAAUUUUUUGUAAUAACAUUUUUAGCCAAUUCAGUCAGCACGAUUAUAAAAAUAAAAAAAAAAGUACUAAAACUAUAUGCGACAAAAUUCAUCAAUUUAUAGAGUUUGAUAAUUGGACAUUUAAGAAUAUUAUAGACAAUCCUUUUUUUCAGAGAUUACGAAAUUUGUCACAAUUAGGUGCUUGUCAGUUUGUUUAUCCAGGAGCUACACACACCAGAUUUGAGCAUAGUUUAGGAGUUGGAUUUUUGUCUGCAAAAUAUUUCGUACAUUUGUGUAAUCGAUAUAAUUUAUCACCAUAUAAUGGAGAACUAAAUAGAAUGCUUCAAUGCAUACAAAUAGCUGGUUUGUGUCAUGAUUUAGGACAUGGCCCUUUUAGUCACACAUUCGAAAGCUUCUUUAUGAACUAUAAAAAAGAAGACACAGAUCACAAAUGGAAUCAUGCAUCAAUGUCCCUUAAAAUUGCAGAGCACAUUAUAGAAAAUUUAAUAGACAGAGACGAUGUGUUAGAUUCUACCGAUAUAAAAAUUAUAAAAGAGUUAAUAAAAGGUAGAGAACAUCAUAAAUCACUUUGUGGAAUAGAUCCCAUAGAUUCUUUAAUAGAAGCUUCCUACGAUAUUAUAUGUAAUAAUAGAAAUGGAUUAGAUGCAGACAAAUUUGAUUACUUACAGAGAGAUGCAACUAUUGCCCCACCAAAUGGCACUCUGCCAUCCCUAAAUUGCAAUCGUAUAAUUAGUCAAAGUGCUGCUAUAAAUGGUCAUAUAACAUAUAAUGUUAAGGAAAUUCAUCCCGUGUGGACUGUUUAUAUGAACAGAUUUUCUUUAUUUAAACAAGUGUAUACCCAUAGAAAAGUGAGAGUCAUGGAACUCAUGUUGUGUGAUGGAUUUCGCAUGGCGGAUGAUAUUUUCAGAUGGUCUGAAUAUUUACAUGACUUAGACUCAUUUCUUGAAUUAACAGACUCUUCUAUAAUUUAUGAUAUUAAGAAAAGAGCUAAAGUAUACAAACACGAUGAAAAGGUGCAAAAUUCUUUAAAUUUAAUUAACUCUGUUAUACACGAUAGGAAUUCAAAUUAUGCAUAUAAAUACAUUUCAGAAAUUAACAUUUCCGAACCGCAAUUGAUUAAGUACUUGAGAGAUAUAACAAACGAAGAGAGAAUAGCUAGAUAUGCCCAUGGACUAAGUCCGGAUGACAUUAUUAUUGACUGGAAUUAUUUAAAUUAUGGAAUGGGUGCAAACGAUCCUUUAGAUUCGGUUUAUUUUUACAGCUCAGAUAAUGAAGAUGAGGCAUUCAUAGCACACAAAGAGUAUAGAGGAACACACCCAAGAUAUUUUGAAGAAUGUAAUGUCAGAUUGUAUUGUAAAAAUAAAAUGGUAACUCAUUUAGCAAAAGAUGCACAUAACAAGUUUAUAUCUGAUAUUUUUUCAGAGUCUUCCCCCCUUUAUAAGAAAAAAAUAAUGAAGUGA